AUGAAUGCCUUUGUAUUCCUGACGGUUCUUCUAAGCUCCACCUACUGUACCUACGGUCAAGGCGUGAGACAGGAAGUUGCCUUCUCGGUGGGGCUGACUCACCACCUGAAUCUGACGGGCAGCCAAACGGUCGUCUACGACGAGAUCAUAACCAACAUCGGCGCCGCCUACGACCUCGACAGUGGCUUCUUCAAGUGUCCAAUGUCGGGCAUCUACGUGUUCCAGUUCCACGCACUGUCGCGCUCCGAUCGCACCGUGUAUCUGCAGCUACACCACAACUACAACUACGUUGUCUCCAUCUGGAGCCACACCAACGGGGAAUUCGCGGCCGGAGGGAAUUCGGCCAUCCUACACCUCACCAAAGGAGACACUGUCAGUAUCAAAUCUGUUAGUGGUUACUCCAACAGCCUGUUUGGCAAACCCGAUGAGGUGUACUGUACGUUUUCAGGGUAUAUGAUAUCUGUGGUGUUUGAGGAAAUGCCCAUUAUUGGAAAGUAA